AUGGCCCACAGCAACGUCUGGUUCUCUCGUCCCCGCCGCUUCGGUAAGGGUAGCCGUCAGUGCCGUGUGUGCACGCACCGCGCUGGUCUGAUUCGCAAGUACGGUCUCGACAUGUGCCGUCAGUGCUUCCGCGAGUACGCCAACGACAUUGGUUUCUUCAAGGCCGCCUGCUGA